AUGGCAUUCGAAACAAUCAUAACUGAAACGAACAAUUUGCCCGCAUCUGGUAAUGAUCAAGAACAGCGUAGUGAUUGGCGUGAUAUAGAAGUUGAAAAAUUACCCGUUGUGCUAGCAGAAGAUUUACAAUUGUAUGAAGAAAUAGUAAUACCCUGUUGCGAACCUACAGAUUUGAAAGGAACAAAUGCGAAAGAAGAAAUAAAUCUGAUAGAAAUUGAAAAUGAACACGCCAGUACUAGCACUACAAAUGAACCGAACAUUAUAAUUAAUAGUAAUACAAAAAUAACUUCAGAACAAUUAACAAAAUUUUUUCCGAAAAAUCCAACCAAGCAAAAUUUGAAACCAGUAGCCAUAAACCAAAAAAUAAAUGUUACCAAGAAAAAGAAUUACUAUAAUGACAGUGAUGAAACCUUAAAGAUUCCAGAAAAUUAG